CGAUUCCUUUGUGCUUAUAUAAAAAGAGCAGCUGGUCUCUUCAAUUUACGCAGAAGACAUUAUAUAAUUAGAUAUUGAGGAGCUGCGACUCACGUAUAUCGUAAUUGCUUCGAUUCUAAGUCCAGGCUGUUAGGUCUACGAUCUUUAAAGUUCAUCUAUCAGGGAUAGUCAAGUCCGUUGACGGGAAAUCGUCACCGUCGUCUUUUCUGUCUAAUUCCCUAAUAAUAUAAGCUUAGAUGUGUCAUUUUUUUUAUAACCCUUCCACCUAUAUCAAUAUGUCGGCAAUGCUGAUGGCGCCGCCACCAAAGAGCCCUCUGGCUCGUUACCGCAUUCUAUCCCCCACGGCCAACGUCCGUGUCAGCCCCCUGUGUCUGGGGGCUAUGAAUUUCGGCGUAGCUUGGGCCGACCACAUGGGCGCUUGCGACCAGAAGACUACCGAAGAGAUCCUCGACUUCUUCUACGGGCAGGGCGGCAAUUUCAUUGACACGGCCAACAAUUACCAGGCCGAGCAGUCUGAGAAGUGGAUCGGAGAGUGGAUGAAGAAGCGAGGUGUUCGUGACCAAAUGGUAAUCGCCACUAAAUACAGCACCAGCUAUAGACCCAACUACGAAGAAAUUAUUAUUAAUAACCAGGGCAAUGGCACCAAGAGUUUACAUGUAUCUGUCAACGAAAGUUUGAGAAAGCUACAGACGGACUAUAUUGACCUGCUCUAUGUGCAUUGGUGGGACGGUAGCACAUCGAUCCCCGAGCUUAUGCAAUCACUCAACCAUCUUGUACUAGCAGGGAAGGUUCUUUACCUUGGAAUCAGCGACACGCCAGCCUGGGUUGUGAGCAAGGCCAAUGAGUAUGCUCGCAACCACGGGUUACGCCAGUUCAGCGUUUACCAGGGUCGGUGGUCCGCCGCCUCGCGCGACUUCGAGCGAGAAAUCAUCGCCAUGACCAAGGCCGAGGGGAUGAGCCUUGCUCCGUGGGGUGCACUUGGCGGAGGCAAAUUCAAGACAGAAGAACAACGCCUGAGGAAGACUGUCGGACGCGCUGGCGAAGCUACUGAGGCGGAAAUUAACGUUAGCCGGGCCCUCGAGUCGGUAGCUAUGCGCAAAAACACCAUCAUUACGAGUGUGGCUCAAGCGUACGUCAUGCAUAAAGCCCCGUACGUCUUCCCGAUCAUCGGCACGAGGACCAAAGAGCACUUGAAGGCCAACAUCGAAGCUCUCACGUUGAACCUUGACGAAGAUGACAUUAAGGAAAUCGAAAGCGCUGUUCCCUUCGAGCUCGGUUUCCCCGGUUCGUUCUUGUAUGGUCCUCAGAUGCCCGACCAUCCGGGCAAGGUCUGGGUACUUAAUAUGGGAGGUGUAACCGACUACAUCAGCGAGCCGAAACCGAUCGCUCCGAAGAAGACAGGAGAAUAGAGCACUCGUGCAUUCUCGGAUGUUUGGAGAUGGCUCACAUAUCGGUAUUAUUGAAACAUGGCCACCUGCCAGGAGCCUGUCAAGAAUGCUAAUUGCUAAGCCGGAUUGAUGGUCUGGUGGGAAGAUGCUCCACGAUGGGUUAUCGUGAAGGUCAAGAUGUGGAUAGUAUGAUUUUACUCUCUUCUGGGAGAAGGAGUACAUUUCAGUCAACAUUUUAGGGAGAUAGUUUGGAAUUUUAACUACCUUACCUAUAUGUUGAAUGCAAGGAAGCGCGUACCUUAAAUGAGCUUUUUAUGUAGAGCGAGGGGGAAUUUUAAGUGAUAUCAUUAAAAGGGGGCAUUUACGAUAUAUAUUCCAAGCAUUAUACUACGCUUAUACACACAAACAGCACCCAGC